AUGGUGCUGGCGGUGGCUGUCAUGUUGCUGCUCCUGGCACUGCUGCCACCGGUGUCGAUGCUGCAGGAUGCAGCUGGAGCCCUGCAGGGGAGCCCAGAGCCAGAUCCCUCCACGCCAGCCCUACUCCGUCUGUCCGACACGCUGCUGGCUCACUACAGGAGGGGAGUCCGACCCGUGCGGGACUGGCGCACCACCACCACCGUGGCCAUCGAUGUCAUGGUGUAUGCCAUCCUCAGCGUGGAUGAGAAAAACCAGGUGCUGACCACCUACAUCUGGUACAGACAGCACUGGACAGAUGAGUUCCUCCAGUGGGAUCCAGCACACUUUGACAAUAUCACGCAGAUUUCCCUCCCUGCAGAGAGCAUCUGGGUGCCCGACAUCCUCAUCAACGAGUUCGUGGACGUCGGGAAGUCCCCUGACGUCCCCUACGUCUACAUUCGCCACCACGGAGAGGUCCAGAACCUCAAGCCCAUCCAGGUGGUGACAGCCUGCAGCUUGGACAUCUACAAUUUCCCCUUCGACAUCCAGAACUGCUCUCUUACCUUCACCAGCUGGCUGCACAACAUCCGCGACAUCAACCUCUCGUUGUGGCGGCAGCCGGAGCUGGUGAAAUUCGACAGGAGCGUCUUCAUGAACCAGGGCGAGUGGGAGCUGCUCUACGUGCUCAGCCACUUCCAGGAGUUCAGCGUCAAAAGCAGCGACAGCUACGCCGAGAUGAAGUUCUACGUGGUCAUCCGGAGGCGUCCUCUCUUCUAUACUAUCAACCUGCUGCUCCCUAGCAUCUUCCUGAUGGUGAUGGACAUUGUAGGUUUCUACCUGCCUCCCAACAGUGGUGAGAGGGUGUCUUUCAAGAUCACUCUCCUCCUGGGCUACUCAGUUUUCCUCAUCAUCGUAUCUGACACGCUUCCAGCUACUGCUGUUGGCACCCCACUGAUAGGCAUCUAUUUUGUGGUGUGCAUGGCGUUGCUCGUCAUCAGCCUCACAGAGACCAUCUUCAUUGUGCGCCUGGUACACAAGCAAGACCUGCAGCCUCACGUCCCCAGCUGGGUGAAGCACUUACUGCUGGAACGUGCCACUGCACUGCUCUGCAUCUGGGACAGAAAGAAAUUCAGCCAAAGCAGAACACAGAGCUCAGACAUCUCCAGGCACGUGGAGAACAAUGACAGCACAGCCAAGCUGAACCACUAUGGUUCCGAAGACCCUCGGGAGCGAGAGGUGGCAGGAGGCACAAGGCCCACCCCUGCCUUUGCCACUCCAGCAGAGGGCUCUCUGCUCAUUCACAGCAUCCUGCACGAGAUCACCACCAUCCGCCAGUUCCUGGAGAAGCGUGAUGAAUUCCGUGAUGUCGCCCGUGAGUGGCUGCAAGUGGGCUACGUGUUGGACGUCCUGCUCUUCCGAGCAUACCUGGUGGCUGUCCUGGCCUACACUGUCACACUGGGCACCCUCUGGUCGGUGUGGCAGUAUGCCUGAGCUGCAUUUUGGGGCAGGCAAUGUGAGGACCUCAGAUGCUGCUGCGCUCCAGAGGCUACUCCCUGAUUCAUGCACUCAGACCUGUCUGUGUUUUCUGACUACAGAGAUCUGGUGCAAUUGCCCCACUUCCAGUAGCUCUGGAACAGCAGCAUCUGAGCACUAAGAUAAGGGCUGAGGAAAAACGAGCAAACACCGAGCACGCCUACCCCAACUGAAGCGCUAUCAGCUCCAACCGAUCUCCUUUCCCUUUCUCUCACCUCACAAGGGCUUCCCGGCUGGCUGCAGCCUCUUCACCCAUCCCUCUUCAUCCUCCUCCCAGCCGGGUUAAGGCCACGAGCACAGCGCGGCCCCGCUCCCGCCCGCCUCUUCAGCACCACGGACAGCGGCAGCGGCGCAGUCAGGCGGCGCCGCUCCCUCAAGGGCUCCCCGGUCCCAGCCAAAAUCCCGCUCUCCUGGACUCGUGGGGCUCAGCCCUCACCUUGCCCAGCGGAGGCUCAUCUGGAGCCCAGGUCAUCAGGAUGCCCACCUCUCUCUCCACCCCUCCCCAGGGUGUUUUCCUGCUGUCUCCUCCAUCCCGGGGCCACCCAACUCCUUCCCGGUCACACCUCCAUCCUCAUCACGCAACCUGCUGUGGCAGAGGGACAUGGAUCUGCCCUCCACGCAGGGCUGUGCUCACCAGCUCCACUCACCUUGCACGAAACACUGGAAGCUGCACAUCUGUUUCUUGUUCUUUGUUAAUGCUUCAACCAGAGCCUCAGAUCCUGCAUGUCAAUGUCUUCUCUUCUCCUGAGUGUUUUUUGCAUGCUUGACCAGCAGAUCCCCUCCACAUUCCUACCCAUCAGUACAGUAACUGGGAGAGAACUAGUGGGGUGGGGGGAGAGGAACAAAAAAACCACAACAAAAAUACACAGUGCAAAUGGGUCUGUCUCCAUAGGAAUGCAAUGCUGGAAGAGACAGAGUUACCUGUCUUGGUCCUCCACUACUGCAGGCUUCCAAAGCUGCCGUAUAUAAGCAUGCUCCCUCUACAUACCUCUGCCAGGGUAGUGGCACGAAGCUGCUGUCUAACAGGAGAGAAAAGGAGCUCCUGCAUCCCAGAACAGCAGGACUGGGAUUUGAGCCAAAAAUUGUAAAGAGCUGCUCUGCCCAGUGCAAUACCUGCACAGCGUGUUUGCAAACUAGGGGUAGUGUGUCAGGCAGCUGUGAUGUCUGCCAAGAGAAAAAGCCAAACUGAUAGCAUUUUCAGGGUGGUUCCUGAAAUCCUGUGCAGGUACAGACAUGUGCUUCACACUUGUUCCUUACCUGAGCAUCCAGCGCAGGCACCAUCCUCUGAAGUACUGGAGAUGAAGAGAGGCCUCAUCCUGUUUGCUCUGGCAGCUCCUUGGCAGGAACACAGAUAUCACAGUUUCUGGCACCUCUGUGUCCACUUCCGAGCCCACCAACCCCAAUCCAUAGGCCAGACACCCUCCCAGGCCUUCACAUGCAGGAAAACUCCCUGCUAAGUGACAGGAGGGCUGCUGGCUGGGCGGCGUGGGCUCCUGGCAGCCCCAACCAGCGCUAAUGCGCUGAUGGUCUGUAAGUGGCUGGCUAUUGAUGAGGUGUCCAGUUAA